CAUUAAUUGGUAGUGAUUUUUGAUGGGUUACAAGUACAUGUUAAUAUACUUAUAAUAAACAAUAUGUCAAUUGUAACUUAUUGAAUUAUUUAAGAUUCUGAUUUUAAAUCAAAUGAUUCCACAGAAAUUAUCAGACUUAUUUUUUGGUUGGACAGGCACAUAAUGAUCUCCUAUUGAUGAAAUUAGCAUUCACGCUGAAUAAUUUUCAUAUUUUACGCAAUAUGUUAAAGAUCUUAUAACAAGAAUGCAAAUAUAUAAUAUACAUCUGUUACUUGAUUUAUGUCCUUUGUUGACACUCACUGGGGGACUUUCUACAUGAUUGUGUGACUACCAUUCAUUGGGUCAGUAUAUGUAUAUGAAAAUCCCAUAUCUGUUCUCUGCAGUAGCUUUAUAAUCAAAAUCCUCACGAAUGUUCGACAACGACAAAAUCAAAGAAACACAAAUAUGCCUGUCGCCAGGAGAAUUUGUAUUUCCUUUAUCCUCGCAUUUAGUGCUGUCAACUGAUACAGUGCGGCUUUUCACUGUAAACAGACCAUCGACGGAAUCGUUAUUCUGGAGGAGGGAGAUUUUGUUCUGAUACCACUGCUUUAUCAUAAUUCUCUGCAGAUCUGCUGAAAUUAGUUAAAGUAUACAGUGAUGGCUGCUGAUGAAUUGGUGAAAUGAUUUUUGUUACAGUGAAGAAUUGAUUGGUGAUUCAUUGAGUGAAAAUAAUUAAAACUACAGCUGAUUGUGUAUUAGGUUUAUACUAGCUGUUUUUCAAUCUUGGUUCUCUGUCUCAGAAUGAAAUGAGGAUGCAGAGGAGAAAGGUCAAAGGUCAGCAACAAUGUCAGGCUCCUCAGACAACGAGAACACAUCACUGAUGGCCGAACAAGCCAAGGCCAAGAAGAAGCAGCCGGACUGGAGCAGGUUUGGUCUGAGCCGGGAACCAGUCAAAGGCGAAUCUGAUUUGACCAGAUCAGCCUCAGAAAUCCAAGAUGGCAGCUACCAGUCGUUGGAGGAGGGCAAACACAAUGAACUCUACAGGGAGGAUCAGAAUUUGUCCUCCCACAAGCCCUGGUACAAAGCUAAUUUCUUUAUCUCGGAGCCAGUCUUGUUUGGAACAUGGGACGGGGUCUUCACUUCCUGUCUCAUCAAUAUCUUGGGUGUCGUCAUUUUCCUUCGCAUGGGAUGGAUUGUGGGGAAUGCUGGUAUUCUGUUGACGAUCCUGAUGAUCUUUGUGACUGUGUUCCUGGUGCUGAUCGUGGCACUGAGUGCUAUAGGAGUGUGUGAGCGCUGUAAGAUGGAGGGCGGUGGCGUCUACUUCCUGGUCGCCCACGUCCUGGGGGGAAGGAUUGGGGGGUGCAUCGGAAUCCUCUACUGCUUUGCACAAUCUGUCAGCUGUUCGCUGUCUGUGAUGGGGUUCGGAGAGUCCAUCAUGAGGCUGAUGAAUGAAGACAAUCCCUGGAUUGCUAGAGGUGUAGCCAUAGCCCUGGUGCUGCUUCUUCUUGGCAUUAAUGUAGCAGGAGUGAAAUGGGUGAUAAGGCUCCAGCUCAUCCUGUUGUUCGCCUUGUUCUUCUCUGCCAUGGAUUUGAUUGUUGGAUCCUUUGUUCAUACAGAUAUAGAGCAUGGAGUCAUGGGAUAUUCAGAGUUCAAUCUACGUAACAAUUCCAAUCCAGACUUCCUGCCAGGAGAGAACUUCUUUAGCAUGAUGGGAUUGUUUUUCUCCACUGUCACUGGGAUUCUAGCUGGGAUCAACAUGAGUGGGGAUCUUAAGGAUCCUUUCAACAACAUUCCCCAAGGAACCUUGGCCGCUCUUGGUGUAUCCACUAUUCUGUAUGUGUCCUUCACCUUAGUUCUCGGUGCCACAUGUGUACGUGUCUACCUCAUUGACGAUGUGAUGAUCGCAGAAAAGGUCUCUAUAGCUGGUGUGCUAUGGCUGGCUGGUCUCUAUAUAUCCUCGGUGUCCUCCUGUAUGGGCAGUCUGUAUGGACCCCCUAGGAUUCUCCAGUCAAUAGCCAAUGAAAAUGUGAUGCCCAUAAUAAGGGUAUUAGGUCAAGGGAGAGGACCUAACAAAGUUCCAAUUUACGCUUUAAUUUUGAUAACUCUAGUCACUCUUCUAUUUAUUUUCGUGGGGGACGUGAACUCCCUAGCCCCAAUCGUCACAACAUCAUUUAUGAUGACCUACGCAGCCAUAGACUACGCUUACUUUGCACUUGCCAUGUCAUAUGACAGACGUCAUGAGAAAGAACUUAAGUACGGACCAAUGAACAAGAAGAUGAAUUCUUCUUCGGGGGAAAUGGGAAAUGGCUGUCUAGGUUACGGGACCUGCUCCACCCAGACCCGGCCAAAAGAUUCCUUCGAGAAACUGGCCACUGACCUAGAUAGCUUGUUCCCGGAGAGGAUGACGCAGAGGGGGCAGCACCACCUAGCCAGACAAAAUGGUAGCACCGCCAGUACCCCAGAGGCCGACUUUGAUGCCACGAAGCGACGGAUAUCUGUAGAGGGCACCACUGAUCAGAACGAUAAGUCAACGCUUCUACCAGAAAAAACUACAAUAGGAGCUGAGGAGGAGGAGAAGAAGCCACUGAGUGAUGAGAUCAUCAAACAGCCCACGUCCUGGUACUCCUUCCUCUGUAACAGGUGGCUCUCACUGAUCGGGACCAUAGUGUGUAUCGUCAUCAUGUUCUCAGUGCAGUGGGCCUACGCUCUGGGAGAAGUGACCGCUGUGUUAAUUAUCUACAUCUACAUUGGACAAGCCAGUCCGGGCUACUUUCCAGGUAUUGCCGAUUUCAACAUGUAUGACUGGAUCAAAGGAGGGAUCAAGCAGUGUUGCAGAGGUGGGAAAAAUGUUCAGGAAGAAAUCAUUGUUGCCCCGGCAACCCCAGCCAUGAACCUAAUGGCCGCUCAACUGACAGAUGAUAAUGAAGACUUUGCCAACAGAGGGCGCUAUCACCAAUCAGAAAUUGUCAGGGGAGAGAACUUUGAUGACUAUGAUAGCAACUGAUGGAACAAAUCGUUUUUAAGCACUAUUCCAAAUACAUGUAGCCUGUAAAACUAGUCCUCAGAAUUCUUGUUCCACUUCUUAAAAUUUUCUCACCUUUCCACUGUUUUUAAUUUAACUAGUAAGUAGUACAAUGAAUCAUUAACCUUUUUAUGAAUGAAUAUUGAGGCACACAGGGUUUUAAGUGGGAUGUAUUAACCUUGUCUAUAAAAUCCUUGUCAAUUGUGUUAAAUAAUUGAGUUGGAUUAAUUUUCUUUCUGACUGCAAAUAAUUAUCUUAUGAACAUUAUUAUUAUUUAUUGUGCACUCUAUUUAUUUUCUCUGUCGAAAACUUUCCCCUUCUAAUCAGUGUUAUAGAUAUUUAUAAUAAUUUUCAUGUUUAGUACAAAAUGUGCAAUAAUGACAAUAUAUAACCAUUAAAAAAAAGAUAUUAUAUUUUAUGCUGCUUUAGAUGGUGCAUUCAUUACUAGAAUAUGUUGAGGGAAAACUAUAAAGUUGCACUACAUUCAUUCAACUUUAAAUCAUUUUGUCCGUAGACUCACUGCUUUGUUACGAACAACCAGUCACAAACACUGUUGGCUUCUGACAUCUUAAAUUUUUCUACAUUCCAUUUUUCAACUUGUUAAAUGUACCUAUACUAUAUGUGCUUCCUUUGUAUGAUUUCUUGCCAGAUUCAAAAUUUCUUUCUUAAUUAUUUAUUCUUGUUUUAUUAGAAGAAAAUUCGUUUGUAAAAGGUUCUUAAUUAAUAUAUAUUCCAUAAUCAUCAGGAGUCGGAAUGGUUUACAUUUUGAUAUAAUAUAAAAUGAAGAUUUUCACAUUGAACGAGACGUAGGUACUUUUGCAAUGCAUUAUGGGUAUUUUAUCUAUUUUUAUCACAGUGGCUCACAGAAAACAUACAUUUUAACCAAAGAUUGUACCGAUAGUUCUUUUGGUGUAGAUAUAACAUUUUCUCCCAUGAUUCAGCAAUGAACAUUCAAUUGCCAUAGUCCCAUACUUUCACAAAAGAGAAUUCCAUAUUAUAUUAUAAAGAUUUGUUAUAUUUAUGUGAUAUUGUUUACAUGGUAUUUUAACUUGUCAAAGUUGUUAUUCUUAGAUGGUUAUUUUUUGUUUCCUUGAAUGUUGUUUAUUUACUAUACAUGGAUGUGUCAGGGUUUUUUUUUUUUGUAACAUGCUAAACCCAAGUUGUUUUUUUUCUCUCUCUCUCUGAAUUCCUUUCAUCUUAAUAGGAUAUAGGUUAUUACAUUGAUAUUGUGAUGUAUGUUAUCCAGCAUUUAUGAUUACUGCAUUUAUAAUCUCAGGCAUUUAGUUCAAAAUCGUGUUAUUAAAAAAACAAGUAGAUUGAUUGCCAUUUCAAGUUCUUGUAAAAAUCGACGCAUUUAUUGAUCUCCAUUCUUGAAUCUCAUGUUAUACACUUUUAGCUUUUGAUCAAAUAAUUUGAAUUUGAAAACUGAAGGAUUUUUCAUAAAAAAAAAAUCUAUUUACAUGUAGUAUUACUUGUUUGAUGGAGUGAAAUAUGUUUUAUUAAUAUUUUUCUCUGUUUACUGGUAUUUAUUUCUGAAUUUUCUUGAUUAUUGGUUGAUAGAAAGAUUACCAGUACAUGAAUAUAUCUUUUUCUCUUUUUUGGUUGUGACAUAUGGUACAUAAUAUAUUUAUUCAUUCAUAGAAUUACUGAUACAUUGAAUUAAUAAUGGUAUAUUAAUAACCCAUUCUUAUACUGUCAAGUAUACAUACAGUUUAUAAUUAUAGCAAGGUUGUCAGUCUUUUUUUACAUUCCAGAGUUAUUUUUUUUAGGGACAGUUUUUUUUUUUUUUUUUGGUUUUUUUUUUUUGGUUUUUUUUAUCUUUUAUGUUUACUUUUUUACACUGUAGAUGAAGAUAGGCAGUUAUUGAUACAUGUGCAAUUCACAUACAUUCUUAAGUUUGAGCUGAUGAUCAUUUCUUAAACCGUGUAAAUUAAAGUUAAAUUUAAACAAUAUAUUUCAAGAUGAGACUGAUAUUUUUUUUUUUUUUACAAUAACCAAGGAUAUUAUAUAAUGGGGUUACAAUACAUAAACAUGCAGUUUGUAAGGACUUUUAAAUUUCAUUCUUAUUCGGGAACAAAUUUUCAUGGUCUUAGUUUUGGAAUUCAUAAAAAAAAUUCAAAUAUUUGUUGAAUAAGAAAUAUGCCAACAUUUUUUGUUGGUAAUUAAGUUUAAUUUGUGAAUUUUUUCUAAAGCCAUUGAUGUUCAUGAAUGUUCUUACUCUUUUGUUUAGGCAUUGUUUCCAAAAAAAUUGAUAAAUGCAUAGCUACGAAUGAAAUGAUCAUAAACAAACUAAAUCUAUGGUACAUUAACAUGUACAUAUGCAUCAACACUCCCAAUGAAAUCAUUAGAUCAUGCAAUGGUUCAUGUACUUUAAUGAAUUUUUUUAGACCAGGUAUUAACUGUUAAUAAAAUUGAUGGUUUAAAUAUUUAUGACUUUUUUGGAACAAAUGUUAAUAUAUGUAUUACUGAGAUUUUUGGAACAGCUAUUACAUUUUAAGAAAAAUUUAUGUAUUAGAUAUUAAUAUUAAAAGAGCUGGAUGGCUGUGGCCAUUUUGAUACAUGUACUAUUUUGGUUUCAUUAAGAAGGAGAACUCUGUAUCAAUACAUGUGUAUGGUAAGAAAAAUGUACAAAAUUUAAAGCUAGAAUAUAUGAAUUGUAUUUUUAUUGAAUAAUAGUUUAUAUGUUUGAAAAAUUCAAGAAAAUCUGUUGGCUAAUUUUUUUGACGACCCUGCAGUCUCCUUAAUGAAACUUUAUUUGGAACAGGUAGUUGUACAGUACGUGGCAUGUCUUCGCUUACUGACCUUAAUGUUGUUAGAUGAUUUUUCCAAUCACUGGUUGGUUCUCUCCUCGCUGUGUUCAUUUUAGACAUUAUGGAAUACAUGUACUGGGUAAAAUGUUGUAUAGUCUAUGUGGUGUAUGACCUCUUCUAAGGCCAAUUUGGUUUUAAGAAUUGUUCAUGUUGAAUAUAGUGAAUAAAAUGUUGAUUUUAACUGUU